AAUUUCGUUUUUGUUGUCGGUUGGGUUGUGCAAAGUUGAUAAUAUAAAUGUUCUGUGCAUAUUUUACUAAUUAGCAGGGAUCUGUAGUACUAAAGUUUUACCGAAAGGAAGAAGACGCGAGGGCGCACAUACAUUGCAAUAUUUGUAGUGCGUCGCCUCGUUAAUCGCCAACAACAAGUUUGGCCGCGUUUUGAUUGCCGGCAAAACCAACAAAAAACAACAAGUACUUUGCAAUUGUUUAAUCAGACCCAGCUGAGGCACAGCAGCAGUAGAAUCAUGGAGAACGGAAGCAAGGGAGCCAUGUCCAUCGAACAGAUGUACCAGAAAAAGUCGCAGCUGGAACAUAUCCUACUGCGACCGGAUUCGUACAUCGGAUCGGUUGAGUUUACCAAGGAACUGAUGUGGGUGUACGACAAAUCGAUCAACCGAAUGGUCCAGAAGGAGAUCUCUUUUGUGCCCGGCCUUUACAAGAUCUUCGACGAGAUUCUUGUAAACGCAGCGGACAACAAGCAGCGCGACAAGACCAUGAACACUAUCAAGAUAGACAUAGAUCCAGAGCGGAAUGUGGUUUCCGUUUGGAAUAACGGCCAAGGCAUUCCGGUGACCAUGCAUAAGGAACAGAAGAUGUACGUGCCCACGAUGAUCUUUGGACAUCUGUUGACGUCGUCAAAUUACAACGAUGACGAGAAGAAGGUUACUGGCGGCAGGAACGGAUACGGAGCAAAACUCUGUAACAUUUUCUCAACCAGUUUCACUGUGGAAACUGCCACCAAGGAGUAUAAGAGGUCCUUUAAGCAGACCUGGGCGGACAACAUGGGAAAGGCGUCUGAAGUCAAGAUCAAGGACUUUAAUGGUACCGAUUACACUCGCAUCACAUUUAGUCCCGAUCUGGCCAAGUUCAAGAUGGAAACUCUAGAUGAAGACAUUGUGGCUCUAAUGUCGCGUCGCGCUUACGAUGUCGCAGCCUCAUCAAAAGGAGUAUCUGUUUUCCUCAACGGUGAAAAGCUGGCGGUGCGAAACUUCAAGGACUACAUUGAUCUGCACGUCAAAAGCACGGACGAAGACUCUGGCCCACCCAUCAAAAUUGUCCACGAGGUAGCCAACGAGCGUUGGGAGGUUGCCUGCUGUCCUUCGGAUCGCGGGUUCCAACAGGUUUCGUUCGUUAACUCAAUAGCCACCUACAAGGGUGGUCGGCAUGUGGACCAUGUGGUCGACAAUCUUAUCAAGCAGCUCCUGGAAGUGCUAAAGAAAAAAAACAAAGGUGGCAUUAACAUAAAGCCCUUCCAAGUACGAAACCAUUUGUGGGUUUUCGUUAAUUGUUUGAUUGAAAACCCAACGUUUGACUCGCAAACCAAGGAAAACAUGACUCUACAGCAAAAGGGAUUCGGUUCCAAAUGUACCCUCUCCGAAAAGUUCAUUACUAACAUGUCCAAGUCGGGCAUCGUGGAAUCUGUGCUAGCAUGGGCAAAAUUCAAGGCACAAAAUGACAUUGCCAAGACGGGCGGUCGCAAAUCGAGCAAGAUUAAGGGUAUUCCCAAGCUGGAGGAUGCUAACGAGGCCGGUGGCAAGAACUCGAUUAACUGCACUCUCAUUCUCACUGAGGGAGACUCAGCCAAAUCUUUGGCUGUCUCUGGUCUGGGCGUCAUUGGUCGUAAUUUUUACGGAGUUUUCCCGCUUAGGGGUAAACUGUUGAAUGUGCGUGAGGCUAAUUUCAAGCAGUUGUCGGAGAAUGCCGAAAUCAACAACUUGUGCAAAAUCAUCGGGUUGCAGUACAAAAAGAAGUAUCUCACUGUUGAUGAUUUAAAGACGCUGCGCUAUGGUAAAGUGAUGAUCAUGACAGAUCAGGAUCAGGACGGCUCCCACAUCAAGGGUCUGUUAAUCAACUUUGUACACACCAAUUGGCCAGAGCUACUUCGUCUGCCGUUCCUUGAGGAGUUCAUUACGCCACUUGUAAAAGCAACCAAAAAGAAUGAGGAGCUCUCGUUCUACUCACUGCCCGAAUUCGAAGAGUGGAAAAACGAUACGGCCAAUCACCACACGUAUAAUAUCAAGUACUACAAGGGUUUGGGUACUUCGACCUCUAAGGAGGCGAAAGAGUAUUUCCAGGACAUGGAACGCCAUCGAAUCUUGUUCAAGUACGAUGGAUCUGUGGAUGAUGAGAGCAUUGUGAUGGCAUUCUCUAAGAAGCAUAUCGAGUCAAGAAAGGUAUGGCUUACCAACCACAUGGAUGAGGUGAAACGACGGAAGGAGCUGGGAUUGCCGGAGCGCUACCUCUACACAAAGGGCACAAAACACAUCACCUAUGCUGACUUUAUUAAUCUGGAAUUAGUCCUUUUCUCUAAUGCCGAUAAUGAACGUUCUAUACCCAGUUUGGUGGAUGGCCUGAAACCAGGUCAACGAAAGGUCAUGUUUACGUGCUUCAAGAGAAACGACAAGCGGGAGGUGAAGGUGGCCCAGCUUUCCGGUUCAGUGGCCGAGAUGUCGGCCUACCACCACGGAGAGGUUUCGUUACAGAUGACCAUCGUCAAUCUGGCCCAGAACUUUGUGGGUGCUAACAAUAUUAAUCUGUUGGAGCCACGCGGUCAGUUCGGUACUCGGUUGACAGGAGGCAAAGAUUCCGCCAGUGCUCGUUACAUUUUCACCAUAAUGUCUCCCUUGACUCGACUUAUUUACCACCCCUUGGACGAUCCCCUGCUGGACUACCAAGUGGAUGAUGGCCAAAAGAUUGAACCUCUGUGGUACCUUCCAAUCAUACCGAUGGUGUUGAUAAACGGAGCGGAAGGCAUCGGAACUGGUUGGUCAACGAAAAUAGCCAAUCACAAUCCCCGUGAAAUAGUCCGAAAUAUAAAGAGGCUGAUCAAUGGGGAAGAGCCGGCUGUGAUGCAUCCGUGGUACAAGAACUUUAACGGUCGAAUGGAGUAUGUAUCGGAUGGUCGAUAUGUCCAAAGCGGAAACAUUCAAAUUCUGCCAGGCAAUCGGGUGGAAAUCACUGAACUUCCUGUUGGCGUUUGGACACAGAACUAUAAGGAGAACGUACUAGAACCACUAGCGAACGGCACCGAAAAGAUUAAGGCAAUUGUAUCCGACUACAGGGAGUACCACACAGACACUACCGUUCGCUUUGUUAUAUCCUUUGCGGCUGGGGAGUUUGAACGCAUUCAAGCGGAGGAUGGUGGCUUCUAUAGGGUAUUUAAACUUACUACCACGCUGUCCACGAACCAAAUGCACGCCUUCGACCAGAACAACUGUCUGCGAAGAUUCCCCACCGCGGUCGAAAUUCUUAAAGAGUUUUACGUGUUGCGUCGUGAGUACUACGCCCGUCGGAAGGACUUUUUAGUAGGCCAGUUGACGGCCCAGGCUGAUCGGCUCAGUGACCAGGCGCGCUUUAUUCUCGAAAAGUGCGAGAAAAAGCUGGUUGUGGAGAACAAGCAGCGGAAGGCAAUGUGCGAUGAGCUGGUGAAGCGUGGUUACCGACCUGAUCCCGUCAAGGAGUGGCAACGCCGUAUCAAGUUGGAGGAUGCUGAACCGGCUAACGAAGAGGAUGACGAUGAGGAGGAGGAAUCAGCUCCCAGCAGUAGCUCAAAGGUUAAAAAAGAGAAGGAAGUCGAUCCGGAAAAGGCGUUUAAGAAGCUAACGGAUGUCAAAAAGUUCGACUACCUUUUGGGAAUGUCCAUGUGGAUGUUAACGGAGGAAAAGAAGAACGAGUUACUUAAACAGCGUGACGCCAAGCUCGCUGAAUUAGAGAAUCUUCGGAAGAAGACGCCAGAGCUGCUUUGGCUGGAUGAUUUGGAUGCAUUUGAGACAAAGCUAAAUGAUGUAGAGGAGAAAGAGCGCCUCGAGGAACAGGGCAUCAAUCUUAAGACAGCGAAGGCGAUGAAGGGCCAAAAGGCUACCUCAAGCAAGGGCAGAAAGGUCAAGUCAUUAGGCGGUGCACCGGGCACUGGUGACGUUUUCCCCGACCCAGAGGGAGAACAUGUAGAGUUUAAGGUCACCGAUGACAUGAUCAAAAAAAUGGCACAGGCUGCCAAGAUUGCCCAGGCUGCUAAGGAGCCAAAGAAGCCCAAGGAACCAAAGGAGCCCAAGGAACCUAAAGUGAAGAAGGAGCCAAAGGGAAAGCAGAUUAAAGCGGAUCCCGAUGCCAGUGGCGAUGAAGUGGACGAGUUUGAUGCAAUGGUUGAUGGCGGCACUAAAGCCUCCCCUAAGGCUAAGAAGGCUGCUGUCAAGAAAGAGCCGGCAGAAAAGAAACCACGUGGCGGUCUCAAGCAGAGCAAGAUUGACUUCAGCAAGGCCAAGAAAAAGAGCGAUGACGAUGAGGAGAUAACCCCACGGGCGGAUCGUCCUGGACGUCGGCAGGCCAGCAAGAAGAUCGACUACAGUUCGCUGUUUUCGGAUGAGGAUGGAAACGGUGGCAACGUAGGAUCGGAUGAUGAUGCAGGUUCUAGUGAUGAAAAUUCGCCCAAGCGUCCUGUUAAACGCACUCGAGAAGAUGAAAGCAGCGGAGGAGCCAAGAAGAAAGCACCGCCAAAGAAACGGCGCGCUGUCAUCGAAAGCGAUGAUGAGGAUUUCGAAUCUAAUGAUGAUGAUUCUGAUUUCGAAUAUUGAGACUAAUUGGCACAAAAGAUUUUGGAACGAUUUGGCAAGCAAAUCCACAAUGGAAUUUAGCAACCCAACUUGGGAAUCUCGGGGAAGAAUUUUCAUGAGUGGACUUACUCGCUAAGAUUGUUUUUAAUUUCUUAACCUUUUAAACUUCUCUCUGAGGUUUAUGUCGAUGUUUUAAUUUCCGUGUUUUAAUUUAACUUUAGCUAACAACUUCGCUACAUUCGUAAGUUGGCAAGUUAAGCCACUAAGAGGAAUUCCCAAACAUAAUAUCAACGUAUUACUAUGUUUCAUAAACAUAAUUUGUAGUCUCAUAAAAGUUUUCUUCAUGUAAAUAAAUCAAUUUUACCAAA